AUGAUUAUGACUUAGAUGAUGAUGAAGGAACUAUAUGGAAAAAUUUAAAUUUAUUAGAAAUAAUUGAUUUAGAAAAUAAUAUUUUUAAAGAUGAUGAUGAUGAUCAAUUUAUGGAAAUUUCAGAUAAUGAAAAUGAGUUAGAUAAUUUUAUUCAAGAUUUAGAAAGUGAAGAAGAUUAUAAUCCAAAUGAAUUAGCACAAAAAUAUUUUGAUGAUAUUGAUGAAAUUUAUUAUUAUUAA